UUAUACCCAUGCCCAUAGCCAUAAGAAAACAAAAACUAGGUCUAGAUCUAUAUUUAGCUUCAAUUUGAAACACAUAUAAAUAAAAAUAGUCUAAUAGAUUCUAGAUCUAAAUGGGUAAAAAAAAAAUCUGCUUGCAAUACUCUAGAAUCUAGAGGCUUUUGCAAGGAUUUCUGAAAAAAAAUGACUUCUGGUUUUUCAUAUGAAGAAAUUAAUGAACCCUAUUACUUUGAGUCUGAUCAUGUUGCAUUGAAGGAGAAUCCAGAUUACCACAAUCUUCUUCAUACAAUAGCACUUCUGGAGGCACAAAGGCAGCAAGCAGCUCAAGACAUUGAAGUCCUCUACAAAGUCCAGGAAGAGGCUUUAACUGACCCUCUGGCUUUUGUUCAACAGCUUCAGAAAGGCACAGAGUUGAAUUGGCCUAAGAUGCAACAAAUUGCUUCUUUACCUGAGAUACAUUGGGAUAAAUAUACAUCCAGUGCCAAUUUUUCUUCAUUUGGUGCACGCCAUAUGACAAGAAAUAAAAAAAAUGCACCUGAAAAUAAUGGAGCUACUGAUCAAAUGCAAAGUCUAAAGUCAAGGCUCAUUCAGGGUAUAACUGCCACAGCAACAAACAGUAAUGAUCGAUCUGGGUCAGACAGUGAACUGGUUGUGGUAAGAGGCAGAACAAAAGACAGUUCUAAACCACAAACUUUCAAUCAACUUUGGACUGAGGAAGAACAACAAAGACUAGAAAGUUUAUUGAUACAGUUCCCUCCUGAGGAAAUUGAGUCUCGGCGGUGGGCAAAAAUUGCUGAAGCUCUUGGUAAUAGAACUCCUGUUCAAGUAGCAAGCAGAGUUCAAAAAUAUUUUGUAAGACUAGCUAAAGAAGGCUUGCCAGUACCUGGAAGGAUGCCAAAUCUAACAGCCUAUAGUAAAAAAGGGUCACAUAGACAUCAUCGCUAUAAUCGAAUGUACUACCCCAGCUCCACAUUGAUGAAUUCACACAUUCCACCUGUCUGGAUGAAAGAAGAUGGUGAAGAUUGCAGUAUAUCAGUGUUUAACAGUUAUAGUUUUGUGUCCAGCACCACUGAGAAUUCUCAAACUUCUGAGACAAACAGCCAAAAAGAUGAUUCAUCAGAUGAAGAAAUGUAUCCAGGAGAAAUUAUCAACAGUCCUGAAUAUCAAGAGCUUCAAAGACUGAAACAGUUAAGGAAAGAAAAGUUGUUACUGAUGAAUUCUUCUGUGGCAAGACAUAUUGGUUUCAAAUGCGACAAUUGUGGCUGUGAACCUAUUGUAGGCACCAGGUGGCAUUGCAUUGAUUGCCCAUCAGAUCUUUCACUGGACUUUUGUGAAGAUUGUAGUGGUGUAUCCAUUCAACAAGGCAAGCAUGACUCUACUCAUCGCUUACAUCCUUUCAAACAUGCUGUGUUAGACUCAGACUAUAUGAGUUACUCCAAGGCCCAUUAUAAUUAUUUAGAUCCUAAUUAUAUGCCAGCUAGUUAAUGUUUAUUUUGCCACUUUUUUAGUUAUAUGUUAAACUUGUACAAUGUAUGCUUAUUAAAUUGUCUUUGUUUUAGAAAGACCAUGUAAAUAAAUGAAAUAUUUCUCGAUUUACAAAGAAAAA